AUGCAGUCACUUGAGGGAUUUUUUGGGUUCUUCAAAAAGCACUCGUAUGCCUGCAAAUAUUCACUUGUGCAUGGUGUGUCAUCUGCGCAUCCGCAGUCUUCUGCUGCUUUCUGGGUGUCUUCUGGGGACAUUUUAGAUUUUCUGGUGAAUAAAAUAUUUUAUUAUUACAGAUUAAAGUUGUUCUGUUUCAUGGAGAUUUAUAUAAUAAUAGAUGAUUAUAUUGAUGAUAUGCGUAUUUUACGCAUAUUCCUGUAUUUUAUGUUAAUUCUGUGGGUUCUUAUGGUGUUUUUUGGGACUCUUACAAUUCUAAAGUAA